CGAGGGGAAUCGAUACGAAACUCAGCUUAUCAAAAAUAAUCAUGUUUGCCAUUUGCAGUAGUAUAAAAAUAUUGGAUUACUGAUAAGUUUCUUUACUCGUACAACAUGAAUUCUUUAACAGUCUGUGUGUUUGUGUUCAUUGCAUUAAUAAGUGCCAUUGGUGCGGAGUCCAGGUUCGAUCCUGAGGUGGACAUACAUUUCCAUCUUUUCACCAGACGGAACCCCACGGUCAGCCAGCCACUCUUGCGCGGGGAUGCCGACAUCCUAGCAAGCAGCAACUACGACCCUCGUUUGAGGACCGUCAUCUCCAUCCACGGCUGGAACGGCCACGUCGUUGACGACUACAAUCUUGUCACUAUACCUGCGUUCCUGACCAGCGAUGACGUCAACCUGAUCGUGAUUGACUGGCAUUCCGGGUCGCUUCUGUUAUCAUCGGCUAUUGUGGAGUCUGGUCGCACCAUCGCGCGCUUCAUCGACUGGAUCAGACUUCUGUCUGGAAGACCAGCCGAGGAUUUCCAUAUUGUCGGGUUCAGCCUUGGAUCUCACCUCGCCGGCGUCACCGCCAGAAACGUUGACGGUGGAAUCGGAUAUGUUACCAUUUUAGAUCCAUCUGGAACAUCUAGCGACGAGACUCGAUUCAGGCCAGAUGAUGGUCUGUACACAGAAGCUAUCUACACCAACGCUGGAAUCGCAGGCUUCUUCGGAAAUUUGGCCAGCGUGAACUUCUAUCCAAAUGGAGGGGUCAAUAUGCCUGGUUGCGGCGGUGACAACGCCUGCAAUCAUUUCAGAGCGUACUUCUACUUCGGUGAGUCGAUAGUAUCAGGAGGCUUCACGGGCACGGAGUGCGCCCGCUUCGAGUUCGCCCUCGCCGGGGACUGCGACCUGCCGGGCCGCCUGGACAUGGGGGCGAGGCUGCCCAGCUACGGAGUUACUGGAACGUAUCACUUACUAACAAAUGCGGGCCCACCGUUUUCUAUCGACUGAAAAACGAUAUAUUUUUAUAUAGAAAAAAAUGAAACAUAAAGUUUUCAUCUUGAUUGUGUAAAAAAAUAAUUAAAAAGAACUGGUCUUUCUAUUAAAAAAAGAAAAAAACAAAUGUUUUCUACAUUUAAAAAAUAAAUGUUUUCUGUCAAUUUUUUUUACAACCUCA